AUGCCUAUUCCCAAUUACAGACAAGCUCAGCACCGACUAGGCCAAGACUACGGCCGACCUUUUGAUGUUCCGAUGUACGCGUACCCAACUCUCAACAGGCCAGCUCUCCGCUCUCAAGCUGAGUUCUUCAUGACCGGCGUGAUACCAGUGGAGACGCGACCACCGGGCGAAGUAUGCACCAUCUGCACCGAACCCCUAGUCGCGGACGUAGUCCAGCUGGUCGCGUGUACUCACUUCUUCCACUGCACCUGCAUUCUCGCCUGGCUCCAGGGCGCAGAAAAGCGAAACUGCACGUGUCCAAACUGUCGACGAGCACUAUACGAAGCUACUCCCCCAGCUCACCGUUCGUUUAUUCCCCUACCGUCUCGUGCGCUCACUCCUGCUCGAGGUCCUCCACGUGGUGUGCCCUUUCUCAUCCCUGGACUAGGCGUGGACGAGUCGAAUGGUAGUAGUAGUAGUGAGUGGGCGCUGCGGCCUGAUCUUCCCUUUGGCAAUGCGCCUCGACGCACACCGCUCGACUCUCCUCCUCGCUCGAUUCCCGAUAUUACCGCGCCUUUUCGUAGAUUGGAUAUCGACACGCUUCGGGCUACACCUCUGUCACCCACAUCACGUCAUCGUCGCCAUCAUCGAGACACAUUCCUAGGGCGUCGUGUACCCGCUGGCAUAGACCGAAGUGCGCUGUUGCGGCACAACUUAUUGCAUGGAGACGCUCGUGCAUCGCCCUCAGCUCGCAAUGCUACCCAUACUCGUCCAGCGCCCCCUGUUUUCAAUGGCCGGGAGCGAGUGAACGCAGACAACUCCACCCUGCGGGUCAUGCGUGACCACAACGUCGCCCGCAAUGGACGAACAGAGACACAUGUUGCCCUUCCGCCGCUGGUCAGCCUUCCUACUCCUACUCCGCAAGAGGUAGUUCAGUCCCGCUCACCCGAAUUUGUCGACUCAUCCCCUCAGACGGCAUUUUGGCAGAAUUUCGACUCUAUGCGUAUGGAAGUUGAUAGCGUCACACACCGCACUACACCAAUGGAUCGCUGGGCUGCACAGGCUGCGAAUCGAGCGCGUUUCUACCCUGGAGGAAACUAGGGACCCAACUGACCAUCCAUGGCAUGCGACGUCAGCAAGGAUUUGAAUGGGGGCUUUGUGGAACGUUUGGCUGUCUAGUUAAUUUGUCGGGUG